CCGCCGGGAGAGGCCGGCAGCCGGCGCGGCAGGGCGGCGGCGAGCAUGGAGCGGGAGCUGGAGGCGCGCCCGGCCGAGCCGCCCUUCCAGGCGCUGGUGGAGGCGGCGGGCGGCCGCGGUCAGGUGCUGCUGGUGGGCGAGCUGUGGGAGCGCGAGCAGAGCCGCGCGCAGCUGCGCGACUUCGCCCGGGCGCUGUUCCCCGCCGAGCCGGCGGCCGGCCAGCCGGGGGGCGCGGCGGCCGAGCGCGCGGGGCCCGGGGCGCCGGGGGCGCGGAGGGCGCCCGGGACGGCGGAGACGCGCGCCAUCCGCUCGCCGCUCGUCUUCGUGCUGUGCCGCGCCGCGUCGCUGGCCGCCCGGGAGCCGCGGCGCCGCCUGCGGGAGAUGCUGCGGGACGUGCGCGGCCGGCGGCGGGCUGGCGCGGCGCUGGUCGGGGUGCUGGUGGCCGAGGCCGGGCCCGAGGACGCGGUGGCGCCGGGGUUGCGGCUGCUGGAGGCGCUGCUGCGCGCCGUCUUCGGCCGCCAGGCGGGGGGCCCGGUGCAGGCGGCCGUCUACUGUCCCGGCCGCCCGGCCUCCUGCCUGGCCGUCCAGGCGGCCGCCUGCAGGGCGCUGCAAGCCGUCGGGCCCGCGCGACCAGCGGAAGGAGCCUGGGAGAGACCGGGCCUGCUGGCACUGCUGGCCUGCUUUUCCUUGGGUCCUUGGAGCCGGGGGAAGGACCCAGAUGCCAUCUCCCCCAGUGGCCCAGCUCAGGAUAACUUCCGAGACCCUGAGGAGGAGAUGGCUCUGACAGCCAUAUUUCCCAACGGAGACUGUGAGGAUCCUGAAAAGGGGUCGAGAGCCUGUGAUGGAGCUGUCCACAGUCCCACUGAGCCUGCUGAAGACUCAAGAUGAAGGCUGGACCCCUGGGCUGCCCCACCUCUAACCUGGAGACUGGAGGCUGGCUCCUUCUCACUGAGCCCCCGUGCCUCCAUGUUGACCUUGGCAUGGUAGUAACUACAAAGGUCUCACCUGCUAGGGGCUGCCACCCUGACAGUGACCUGCUAGGCUGAGGACUUACUAAGCUAAGUGGGACCUAGAAAAACGUAUCCUCUGGGAACCUGCCCCCUACCUUGCAUUUGCUCAUUCUCUGGUCACACUGAGGUUAUUUUUUCUCUCUGUGCCUCAGUUUCUCUAUGCCAUUGAGACAGAUGGCCAUGUACUUGAGACUCUGUGGUGCUGUAGCAUCCCGUGGUUGUUUGCAUGAGCAUCCAUCAUUUCAAGUGCAGCUGGAAGAACUCUGGACCAGAAGUUGUCAGAUCUGGAGGUGUGUGGCCUCAACCUGUCACUCAACCUUUGGGGCUUUUGUUUCUCAAACUCAUGAGGGUGCUACCAGCCCAGUGGCUCUCCGCCAGGGGCCAGGCUAUCCCUCCAGGCAGCAUUGGAAAUGUGUGUGUGUGCACACGUGUGUGUUGGAAGGGUUAUUGUGAUUGUGGGGCACCCCUGGCAUUUAGUGGCAUCUCACAAUGUGCAGGACAAUCUCCAACAACACAGAACUGUUCCACUGAAACUGCCAAUCUUGGCACCUUUGAAAAACUGGAUGAGCCACUUUCUUCCCCCUCUCAAUUUCUAGGAAGAGAUUCCCAGAGCAGGGAGGGUUGGGCUUCCUGGGACCUUGGCUUCCAUAACAGGCCAGAAUAAAGCCUAUACAGGCACUCUUGUGCUAGAGCCAAGAAGGUCUGUAUGCUGCAGACCCAGGACAGAAAUAGCCUUGCAUGCCCCUGAGAAGAAAGGGCCCUUUCUUCCUCGUGUUGACCUUGACUUACUCUGCCAAGUCCUUUGAGAAUAAGGAUGCUGGGAAUGGCCCACAGCACCAAACAGAAGGAAAGUUAGGAAUGUGGAUUACAAGGGCAUAAGACUUGCUCUCCAUCUCAGGGCCUAACCCAAGGUCAAAGCAGACCCAGCCCAGAGGUGCCAGGGUCCUGAAUCCUUUUUCCUCUGAGUCAGACAGGGUCAGUAGUGUCCUCUAAAAGCGAGGAAGGCCAUCUGUUUGCUUGUAGAGGGAACGCUGCAUUACCUCCCUUGUCUUUCUCUCCUGCCCCUGGAGAAAUCCAGUCUUCGGAAUGGUAGGGACAGCUCCUAAUGUUCCCUAGGAGGAAGCCCCAUCUAAGAGCAGUAGCUAAAUUCAUUCAUUCAUGCAUAAUUCACUCAGCAGACAUGCAAUUGUGCCUACUAUGUGCCCCGUGCUCUGCGAGGUGCUGGAUAACUUCCACUUGUUAUUUCAGCUCUCUCUGUGAUGGUGCCAAAAGCAGGAAUGGAAAACCUGUGGCUGAGGGGCUCUAUGAUAUUUAAGGAGGAGCCGUCCCUGCUCGAUGACUCAAUUUAUUCUCUAUAAUAGGGAGUCUGAUCCUUCUUAGUAUGAGGAUAGGUAGGAUGACAUCUUACUUGGGGUUGGUUGGCAGCAGGUGUCAUUCUAAUAAUACAAGGCUGUCUCACCAAUAGAAGGACCCUUCUGACUUCCAUCUGCACAAGAAUGAACUCAAUGUAUUACUGUUGAUUUCGUUUGAAAAUGGGGAGACUGGUAUCUUUGAAGCUGCUAUAUUUUUCUAUUUUCCAUUAAUCUCUUGGUAGUAAUUUGGUUAGAGUUUUAUUACUUGGUGGGGGGAGAGAGCUUUUUUAGGUUAGGAAAUGGUCUAAGGCAGAAGUUACAUGGCAGCAGCCUCUGCUGUGUUUAAAGACUUGAGUCCAUGGCCAAUAUUUGAGACUGGGGAGAUGGCACAGAAAAAAGCUAGUUUUCAGAGUGGAGGAUGGAAGGUGCCAUGAUCUCCAUUUUGAUGAAAUUCCCACCCCCCCCCCAACUUAAGCCCCUCUCCCACCUACCCACCCACCCCUCUACUGUACUUCACUCAUAGACGCCACCUGCCUGGUCCCCGUCCUGGUGGGCUGUGAGUUUGCAGGUCUCUGGUAUAAGUGGUGGUUUACUCAUUAUCUUUUCAUUACCUUCAGUAUUUCCUGUGAGUAGUGGAAGAGAGAAGGUCUUUCUUUACUGCGAUUUGGGUUCUACCUCCCAACUGAUAAACACAGGACUGAGGUCCUUCCGGGCCCAUCUUGGCUUCCUUGAGACAUGGCUAAGAUAAGCAGCAUCCUUUUAGGAACAGUCUAGUUGCUGUUUUCUAGCAGACGGAAGAGUUAGGUGCGGGAAUAGAUGACCUUGGUGGUGGAUCUCUUCCCCAAGGACUCUUACAAGGCAGGAAGAUUGGGGUGGGCCUGGCUGAGGGCAGAGGCCCCAGAUUAGGUCAGUGGUACCGGGAGCCAUCAGCCAGGGGCUUCCAUCAGGUCGCAGUCUGGACUCUUGGGUACUAAUCUUUCUAAUAUGGCAGUAGUUGUGGUGCUUCUGACUUGAAUCGAUAAUUCCUUUUAUCUAAUAAAACCAAACAAUACCUCAUUGCUGUCUCAUCCAGAAAA